AUGAACUCCGUACCAUCAACUACAACAACAUCGUCAACAACCGACACCGUACCAUCAACUACAAAAACAUCGUCAACAACCGGUGUCUCCACAUCGGUGUUACAAUCAACAACGGACACAGUACCAUCAACUACAACAACAUCAACGAGAACCGUCGGGUCCACUUCGGUAUCAACAUCAACAACUGAUUCUGUACCUUCAACCCAAACUACAUCGUCAACAACCGGUAGUUCAACAUCAGUAUCAACAUCACCUUCAACUACUUUGUCAACAGCUGUCAGCUCCAAAUUGGCGUCAACAUCAGCAACAUAUUCUGUACCAUCAACUACAACUUCAAGUUUAAAAACCGCUAGUUCCACUUUGGUAUCGCUUUCCUUGUCUACAUCUACACCUAAAUCAUCAAGCACAGUAAAAUCGUCCUCAACAGACACCUUCACAUCAGCACAUGUUUCCUCAUCCAUGUCAACAACUAAUCUUAUGAAAUCAACUACAGCCUCCUCUGUGAACAAAGGUUGUAUGUGUCCAUGCGAGCGCAUGAAAAAUCAGGUCAUCAUUACGGACAAGAAAGUGCUCAUAUCUAAAAUAGCAAAAAUGAAGAAGGAGUUGAAAGUCAAUAAAGCCGAUUUGAAUAAACAGCUUCGCAAACGAUUAUCCGUCUUUGAUAAACGUGCCUCUGCCGUUGCCGUUGGGACGAUAUUUGGACCACUACUCAUCGCAUUUUUCAUUGGAAUCAUCGUCAUCAGCGAUAUACCAAUAAUGAUGCGUCAUCUUAAAUACGGUCUAUGCAGAAAAGCUGGAAAGAAGAAAAGGAAAAGAAGAAUUCGUUCUGAUGAUGUCCGAGGAUGUCCUGUGGAUGUCCAAAAGGACAAAGCUGGAAUUCAGGAGCAAGAGAUGGUCGACAAUCCAGCUUAA